CAGCUCUUCACCAUUCAUCCAGCAAGGGGGUAAAAAUGAGAAAUCACCGCCUGACAUGACCGGGUAUAGCCGGUUGAAGGACAAUAGAGGGUUGAAGUAGUUUUACAGUGAUGGUGAUGAUGAUGACGAUUAAUAAGAACACAACAGAGAACCGAAAAAGUAUAUGAAUGAAUCAAAACCCCUUUCGACAAACAAACCUCUCUCCCUCUCUCUCUCUCUCUCUCUCCCCCCGAUGCAAAGUUGCAAACCAAAACAAAACCAAAGUAGAGAGAGAAAGUAACACUAAUUAGCAGAGAAGAAUAGGAGAGAGAGAGUAAUCAGAAUUUUCAAGAGAUGGAAUUCGACGAGCAAGAGGAGCAAGAAGAAGAGCUGUGUGUGCCAGGAGGAACGGGUUAUGACCCUCUUGGAAACCCGACCCGGGUUAAAAUGUCCGGUUCGGAACCCAUGUUGGUGGUUCAACCCAUGACCGUGAGGAACAACAACAACAACAACAGCAGCAACAUGGUGAAGCCAAGAUACAGAGAGUGUUUGAAGAACCAUGCCGUGGGGAUCGGCGGACACGCACUCGACGGUUGCGGCGAGUUCAUGCCCGCCGGCACGGAGGGAACCCUCGACGCACUCAAAUGCGCCGCCUGCAACUGCCACCGCAACUUCCACCGCAAGGAGACUGAGCUCGCCGGAGCAGGACCAGGAGGAGGAGGACCUUAUCUCCUGACUCACCACCCCCACCACCACCAGCCGCCGCCGUUUGCGGCCUACUACCGCACUCCGGCGGGGUACUUACACGUGAGCGGGGGGCAGCAGAGAGCGGGAACACUGGCUCUCCCUUCGACCUCCGGAGCCGGAGGUGGAGGAACAGCGCGGGAUUUCGAGACGAAGUUCACGCAGGAGCAGAAGGAGAAGAUGCUGGAACUUGCAGAGAGAUUGGGAUGGCGGAUUCAGAAACACGACGAGGGUGCGGUUCAAGAGUUUUGUAACGAGACGGGUGUGAAGCGGCAUGUUCUCAAGGUUUGGAUGCAUAACAACAAACACACCCUCGGUAAGAAGCCCUAGUUCCCUACUCUCUCACUCCAUACACGCUUACGCUUUCAGGUUCCCCUAUAACCAUUCAUCUCUCUCUCUCUCUCUCUUAAAUCUUAGCUUCAUGAAAAGGAAUGUAUAUUGGGUGAGUUGGGUGGAUUGGAGAAACAAAGGUGGGAAAUUGCGCUUGCUACUGCUACUGCUGCUGCUGCUACUACUAUUACUGUUGAUUUCUUUUUUAGGGUUUCUUUGUGUUUUCUUAUUCUUGGGGGAUCGUAUUAUUUAUGUAUGUUGCUAGCUAGAGGAGUUGCCUUGUUUCAUAGGAGGGGGAUCGCACGCAUUGUACUAGAAUUAAUUAGAGCCCACGGAUUAAUAUUAUAAUUUCAUGAUCAACUCAACUAAUUUCUUUUCAAUCGUCAUACACUACUCUACAACCUUAUAUAUAUCAAGUAACACUUGUUUUAUAUAUAUUUAGGACCUCCUUUUUUUCUCUUUCACAUACACUACUUCAGCUAACAUAUACACCUUAAAAAAUGAUCCGAGGGGGAUUAUGUAUUAAUUAAGAUUAAUUGGUUGAUCUCUUGCAUAUAGGCCAUUAAUCAUUUGUCGGUGUUCAAUGAAAAUGUAUCUUAUAUUUUAUUAUUAUUCUUUCAAGAUCCUUUGUUCAAUAAGCUAUUUCUUUUUAUAAUAAAUGGCUAGUUAAUAAUUACUUGCUGUGUUCAAUUUGAUAAUAAUGGACAAGGUUUAAUUUGAUUUUUCAUCAUGAUCUGGGUGUGUUAAAUGGAGU